GUCAAUGUCAGUCAGCUGAUUUUGGUAGACGAAUUUGAUACAUCAAAUUCAUUUCCUAACAUUUAUUUUAUUUAAUUUAAUUAUUAAUAUUUUGAACAAACCCAUACUUAUUUACUGGUGUAAAAUUAUGGUCGAUAUCCUCAUACAGAUUACAUAAUGGCGCUAACCUCAAAAACAAGUAUACUUUACAGAGCGCUCACCAUAACCUCAAGGCGCUAUUAUUGUGAUAAAAACGAAAAGUCGAUUUACCAACGCCAUGAAGAGGGUGAGAAACCACGCAUGGUCCACGGUCAGGAGUACCCCGACUGGCGGAAACCCUGGGUGAAAAGGGAAGGUGAAUUUACCAGCAAAUUAUCAGUUUUCGUGGAGAAAAAUCCCAGUCCAGAUAUUAUGUUUAUUUUGUCACAAAUUCCCAAUGUAACACGGCAGAAAAUAAAAGAUUGGUGGAGCAGCAUGAAAGAAUUACAAGAAAUUGAAAAUCAAAAGUAUAUACCUGAACGAGUAGCUACUUUAGGAGCCAAUCUGGCUGCAGUACAUUUUUUCUGUUAUCGAUAUGCCGCAGUAAGAUUAAAGGGAAAAACUGAAUGGAUAAGAGGGAACAUUACAAAUCUAACACUGCCUAAUACCUUUACAGAUGGUUAUUAUGUAGAAGCUAUAGACUGCAGCGACUUCCAUCACAAUGGAAUUCGUUACGAAGGGCUUGAGAAUUUAACUAAUCUUAAUUUCUUAAGAUGGUUGUCGCUUAAGAACAAUAAACAUGUAGAUGUGUGGUGUUUAGACCGAAUAGCAGGCCUCACUGGAAAAACUUUGGAAUUUCUUGAUAUUAGCGGCUGUAACCUCUGUGUUGGCGGUGUAUAUGCAUUAGCAAGGAUGUCAGCUCUCAAAAUGUUAGUCAUCACAGAUCCAGGACCUGAUAUAAAACUUCAAACAGCAUUAUCAUUGUUGGAAGAAGAAAACCCUAAUAUUCUUAUAAAAGCAAUUCCUCCAUCUAAAUAAUAGAAGGACUAUCUAUUCUAUCUUUGCCUGCCUAUAGUUUAAUUUAUUUGUAAUGUGAGAAAGGUUAAUAAAUAAAAUACAAUACUGUUUUCGAGGUUUUUAUAUUUUAACAUAAGUUCGUACAAUGAUCCAAUAUGCUUAAACAAACUGUCCACAAUGUUAUGGGUGAUGCGCUAUACCUGCACACAAUGGAUUCUUGUUUUGUGAUUACAUUGUCUAAGUUAAGUGCCAUUUAUUUGGUCCAUUAGUUGGAUUCUUAAACAUUUGAAAAUCAUGUGUAAUGUGAUUAUUAUUGUUUCAGAUAUUUCCUCUGAUGAUUUUUUGUCUAAUUCAAUCUAACAUACAUUAAAUUGAACACUUAAAUCUAAAUAAAACUUCUAAACAAGAUAUUUACAAUUACGACAUUUUGACUAAACAAUUAGACUAAUGCCUUAUUUAGAAGAAAUAAAUAACGAAUAUGAAAUGCUUUAUUAAAAAUGUCCUUUUCAGGUAAUUGCUAAUAUUUCUUAAAAUAUAUAACACUAAAUGUUAUAUGCAACAGAGUAAAUUCAGUCUAAUAAAGAAAACUGCGUAUUAUCCAUUGUUAUUGACUGACAAACCCUAGGAGUGGAAUCUCGAAAAACAAUACUUUUAACAAACAAAACAACAUGUUUGUUUAUAACUAAGUUUUGAAAGUCAAUAAGGCACUAAUAAUAUGCAGCUUAUUACUUGCAUUAAGAUUUGUUUCAUAUUUGUUAUUACAACAACACACUGAAAAAAUACAUUCACUCAGAACACAACAUAACUCCAAAACUGAAGUAUCCUCAACAAACUUCUAAAAUCAGGUAAUGGACAGUAUUAAAACAGAUUGAAACAUUCAGUACAAACCAUUGCAAUUAUAAACCGUUAAACAAAAUUUGUUAAUUUUAUUCUAUGUUAAAAACAUAUUGCAACAAAUCUGUGUAAUAAAAUAAUUAUAUGUGAAUCAUCUGAAAAUUAAAAACUGUGUGCUGUGAACACACAUAAUUAUAGAUGUUAAUUGAUUAAAAUAUAUAAUCAACGUAACUGCUGAACUAUCUAAAUCAAUAAACUACCAUUAUGUUAAUGAAACAUCAUUCAUAUCUAUGGAUCAUUCGUUACAAAUCUUUACAUUUAAAAAUAAGUGUAUUUAAAAUUGAUUUCUAUUAAAUGUAAUCUGAUACAAAUAGACCUUCACACAUUUCGAUGUAGUCAACAACAAUACAAUUGAUAUUAAAUAACCAGAGCCCUAGUUGUCCAGUUUAACUUCUAUCACGAUUGCUUUCAUUAUGACAAUUUGUAUUCAUUUUAUUGCCUCAGAAAAUAGAUGAU